AUGGAUUCUAAUUCAAAAACGUCCACCGGCUUCAGUGCCGUUCUCUCCACGAAACCCUUUGCCCCGCUUCUCAUUGACGACAGCUCCUCACUUGGCAAGAAGACCGCGCGAUCCAAACGCCGAUGCGCCGACCUGGGGUCCAAGCUCUGGGACAAGCGAGCUUGGAAGGAGGCUGUCAUCGCCGCUGUGCAGGACUUAAUAGACUUCAAUUGGGUUAUUGGGAUCAGCUGGUUGUUGCUCCUUGGUUGGAUUGCCGGCCUGGGGGUUCUAAUGAGUGUCGUCAUCCAGCAGCCCCAGGCCAUUACCGACUCAGACAACACCGCAUGUCAGCCAGAUGGAAGCUUCAACAUUUUCAUGAACGAGUAUGACUGGUGGGCUGCUUCUGGUUUCUUCCAGAUCACAAUGGCAUGGGGAACUAUGACUUUCGCAAAUGCCAAAUUUGCUGAUGUCGCGUGGGACGUGGUUUUUGGACGAGGAGGCCAGGCUCUUCUGGCUUGGAUCUCUUGGAGCAUCUUCUCCGAUUAUGUCACAACAUCGAUGGAAGUCAGCCCGGUUACGUACGAGACGUUUUGGACUGUGUUCCUAGACGGGUCACCGACUUUCUGGUCUACUUGGUACUUGAUGCGAGACUUCAGUCGCUCUCACGGGCUACGUUCACGAUUCGCUAUGAUAUUCAUGAUCGUCGUCGCAAUUUUCAUCCUCUCGUUCCCUACGCUUGGUAGCGCGAUGUCCGGAUAUCAGGCAAACAGCGGUGCUUUCGUUAGGGGAGCCGAUGGAGAAAUGCUCAAGUUUUCGGAUUUCGACAUGAUUGCCUACAUCAUACAUGAUGGUGACCGAGUCAAUCUAACCAAAGAUUAUCCAGUCACAUUUGCGAGGAGCAACUACGACACGGAACAACUCCUAGGCAAUACUUUAGGCGGAUACUAUCCCAAUUCGUGGUACAGUUGGAGCUUCUACGGCUCAUCUAACUGCGAGGAGGACCAGGAAUACAGUAACGAAGAACGCAAUAAACUGUGGCAGGAGCGUUACCCACUCAACUGCCGAUGCUCUCUGCAUGGCAGCGUUUCCAAUUAUACAAAGGAGCACGGUUUCUUUGGACUUCAAAACAACAAUUCGACCUUCAUGAAUCAGACUCUGUCAUCCCCAACGUUGAAUAUUUCGGCAUUCUACCUUCCGGAGAGGUACAACACAGUCUUUGGCAAUAACUGGACAGAUCCGAGAACAAACACACAGCCAUUUAGCGAUAGAAGCAAGGUCACAUACACCUACAACAUGGGGAACGACACGUACGACCUCAACUACAUCAGAUCAAACGGCACGUGCCAGCCUGUGACGGAGAUAGACAAAAUCAACGCCUCGGCUCGAGAAACAUAUCAAUGGGGGUUCUCGUAUAUCCAACUCUUCAUCAUGCUACUGCUGUUGAUUCUAUGGACCCUUGGAAUGUCAGCAAUGUGGGUCAAAUCUCAUAUGACCAUGAGAAUACGUGGUCGAUUCGACAAGCCAAAGGGCUUCAAGGGGGUUCUGGAGCUUGCCACAGCUAUCAGGAAAGAAUUGCAGGAAAGCAAUCCCGACGACCUCACCCACGAUCAGCUCUCUGAAGAGAUCAAGAAGCGUCUCAGAGGCGGAACUAUCGAACUCGAAAAGGCAGGAUCACCGGCCAUGUAUGGCGUGUGGGGAGGCCUCUGGGGCUGGAUCAAGAACUGGAGAUGGUGGGCAACGACUUGGUGCUUGUUGACUGCAAUUGGCUCUCUUCUCAUCACCUACAAAGGGGGCGUGUUUUUGUGGAUCAUGAUCUUGUCGGCCUCUAUGUUCUUCGCAAUGUUCAUUGGACGCUCGCCGAAGAGCAUGGCUAUGUUGUCACUGUGGGGGUUUGUACUGGGCAUUAUUAUCUGGAUUGCAGUCAUGUCGGCUUCGCAGCAGCGCGGCAUGUUCGAUAUGUAUUAUUAG